UCAGCCUAAAAAACUGAACUUCUGUUCAUAUUUCAGAACAGUAACUCUUAUCACAACUUUCUGUUCUAUUCCUCCAACACUACGUCCCAAUCCACAUGAAAACUAUUUGGAAUUCCCAUAGCGUUUCCGCUCUCCCAAUACUGUUAUACAUUUUUUUUGCGAACUACCAUCUCAUUCAUUAGAACCCAUACGCGAAAUUUAUUCCGUUGAACGCAAACUAGUGUCGAUACCGAUGCAUUUUCCAGUGAAUUGAUAUCUUUUUAACGGUGCCCAGACACGCUAGAGUGACAACCGAAAAAAGCACCGAUUUUAGUCGCGUAUUAACGUUUCAGUGAAGCGGACGCGUGUUUGGGGAGAGAAGCAAAUAACCCGGUGCCCUACACCUGUGAAUACCUCGAAGCCGCGUGCACAAUUACAACCGAGCAGAAGGUAAAUUUGUUGGCUCUGGAGCGUGUAUAGUUUGAGUGAUAAAAAUCCCUCUGGAAGAAAAACAAGUGUACAUUUCCCACAACAUCAAUUGAAAACAAGCAGCCAAAAUGUCGCUCAGCACCAGUGCAAAUCUGGUAAAAUAUUUACUUUUCCUGUUCAAUUUUCUCUUUGUGAUCACCGGCAUCACAAUAUUGGCCAUUGGCCUGACGGUCCAGGGAGCGUAUCACAAUUUCAGAGAGAUCCUUGAUCCGCAGUUUUUCAGUGUGCCCACCUUUUUGAUCGUGAUUGGUAGCUUCAUUUUUGUGAUCGCCUUUUUCGGAUGCUGUGGGGCAUACAAGGAGAAUUAUUGCAUGACACUGACCUUCUCAAUUCUGCUGGUGUUGAUCUUCAUUCUGGAACUAGCAGCAGGCAUCAGUGGAUACGUACUGAGAAAUGAAACUUAUAAUCUGGUCUCGAGCACCCUGCGAAGCUCGAUGAAACAGUAUGGAGGAAAUACCAGCCAGGAGAUUACCUACAUCUGGGACGAGAUCCAGGUUGAUUUCGAUUGCUGUGGCGUGGUGAACUCCAGUGACUGGAAAAUGAGCAACGAAGAGUUGUUCAAACCACCAGCUCUCCCAAUGAGCUGCUGCAGGGCAUCUCCAGGUGCCAUUGGACAAAUUCUUUGCCAAGACGAGAAGCACCCAGAAACACUACGACAAACCGGUUGUAUCACCUCCUUUGGAGAUUUCAUAAGAUCGCACGCUGUAAGCUUGGGGGCGGCUGGAAUCGCGCUGGCAGUUAUACAGUUCUUCGGUAUCUUUUUCGCAUGUUAUCUUUCGAAGCAAAUCAAAGUUCAACACGGCCAUACAGGCUUCUAAAUUGUCGCACGAAGAAGUGCACAACAUUUAGCGUUUGGAAAAUUUACCGCUGUGCGCUAGCGCCAUUCGAACAUAGAUGCCAUCCAGACUUGCCCAAAUGGUUGUGAUUGUGUUUUGGAUAACUAGAACAAAUACAUAUAUGUUUGUAACUUACA